UGGUUUGUAUACUGUUUUCAGAUAUAGAGACCGUUGUUGGAUGUUUUCGAGGUUUUUUUACCAACAUUGAACAAGAAAUAGGAUACAUUAUCGUUAGCGAGAAGUCGCAAGUGCUAAUUUAAUCAUCGGUUAAUCAAGUCGCGUCAUUUAAACCGACGCUUAAAUCGUUUUCAGAACGUACAUUUGUUGUAGGUCAAGUAAGGGGAUGCUGCUGAAGUCGAUGUCUUGGAGCUUGACAUCAUCGCUGAAUUUUAUGUUGCGUUUAGUCGAAAUAAGAAGCUUUGCAGUAAGAGAAAACGCCUGCAGAAUAUGUCAGUCUCGACCGAGUCAUUUUCAAAUUAACUGAAUUUACAUUUGAACGUUUUUUAUUGUUCCGUACUGCGCGUAUACGCCAGCGCAUUUUAGCUUGUAUUGUGUUGUUGAACAACUCCGUAAACCGAACGGUCUGUGAGACGAAUCACUAACGUUAACGUUACUCCAUUCGCCCAGAUUUGUUUUUAGUUGGAAAGUGGCAGUACAACAGUAAAGCUAUGAAGCUUUUAGAGAAUUCCCGUUUUGAGGCAUUGAGCUCCCAGCUGUGUGUUGAAACUGGAGAUGCUCACAUCCUUGGCAGGAUUGAGAGCUACUCGUGUAAAAUGGCUGGUGAUGACAAGCACAUGUUUAAGCAGUUUUGUCAGGAGGGGGAGCCACAUGUUCUUGAAGCUCUGUCACCCCCUCAGUCCAGCAGCGCUCCAAGUCCUAACCUAUUGGGGAAGAGUGGGGAGGAUGGAGAAAAUCCAUUAAGUGAUAAGUGUUGCAGGAAGACCUUGUUCUACCUUAUCACCACCCUGAACGAGUCGUUCCGGCCUGAUUAUGACUUCAGUGCUGCCCGUGCCCACGAGUUCAGCCGAGAGCCCAGUGUUAACUGGGUGGUUGACUCUGUUAACAGCAGCCUUUGUUCUGCUGUGGGGGAGCAGUUUAACUCUUUAGGACCAGAACUGUGGAAUGCCAUUGAUCAAGAGAUAAACCUGCAGGGCUGUGACAUCUAUAGCUACAACCCAGACCUUGUCUCUGACCCCUUCGGUGAGGAAGGCAGCCUGUGGUCCUUCAACUACUUCUUUUACAACAAGAAGCUUAAACGCAUUGUAUUUUUCACUUGCCGCUCAGUCAGUGUCCUCAGUAGUUAUGGUUGCAGUGGCCUUGAUAAUGAGUUGGACAUGGAGCUGGAUGAUGAAGAGGAAGUGGACAGCUUCAUGGAAGACAGGUUCCCCUCAGCUCUGUGUGUCUAAACUUUCUCAGGGAUGACAACCUGCGCUUCAGCCAAAGGGCCUCGCCGUUAACUUUGCACCUAAUUUCUUCUUUCCUUAUUUUAUGAAAAAAAAAAAACUUUUUUUUUAAGUGUGUGUGUUUCAUUUACUUCACUGUGAACUGAGGAGAAGAAAUAAGCCUCUAAAGAAGAUCAUAAACUGUGGCUGAGAGGAAUUACAGGAGAGCUGCUUGGACAAGGUUUGACAUGGACUCAUUUAAGCAUUGGCUGAGACCAACUAAAGAUCCUGGAAUCCAGUUCAUCCUAGGAGUGAAUGAAAGGCACCAGCAUUUUGACAGUGGAGAAUAUGAACACACUUUGGAAUACAAAGACUGCAUGCCUUUUGGAUUUGCCCCUCCAUUUUAUUGGUUCUCCUAAUAUUUCUUGU